AUGGCUGACAGAGGCUCCGCCUACCGGUUCCAUUUGUCCAAAAACCGGCAACACAACCCAGCGGUUCCUUCGAAGGAGCUUCAGGAGCUGCGGUGGAGCUGUGCCUCGGCCCGGCCCUCCAACGACAGCGGCGCGGUGGCGACGCACUGGGCCCGGCAGACCUGCGAGCUGGCGGAGCGCUACGUCCGAGAAGCCUUCCGGCAGGUCAAGCAGCUGGUGCCGUCCAGGUGCAGCCGCAGCGUGCCGCUGGUGCUGGGCGUCACGGGGCCCGACGCCGAGGACCACCAGGCGACCAUGAAGCUGACGGAGGAGUUGUUCCGGGAGGAGAUGCCGCAGGUGUCGAGCGCCCUGAUUUCGCCCUCGGAUCUGCGGAGCUUGCCCUUCGCCAACCGGAAGAUCUACGAGAAGCUGAGCCGACUGGAGCCGGUCCAAAUGGAACCAGAGGAGGGGGAGGAGGAAGAGGUGGCAGAGAUGCCUUCUCUGAGCAAGCCGAGCGGCUCCGUGACGGUUCUCAUCUUCCAGGGCGCGGACGCGGCCCCGAAGGACGUGCUGCGGGAGGUGCUCUGCUUCUGGCACGCCAGCUGCGCGGCCACGGGCACCCCGCUGCUGGUGCUGCUGGGGUUGAAGCAGCUUCCCUCGAGCCGGCAAUCGCUCUUUGAUGAGGACGAUGAACAACUACCAUUCGUUCAUGCGGGCUCCGUGACCUUGUUCAACUCCCUGAAAGUCUGUGAGCAGAUGACGGACUUCCUUAUCGAGGAUUGCUCCUGCCCCGUUGCACUCUGCCCAGACGUGAUGAAGCGUUUGAGGGAGAUCUACAUCUUCCAGCAGCAGAGCGCCUCCCACUUUCUCCGGGUCUUGUCCUUGCUUUCCGACGAGGCCCUGGUCGGCAGCAUGGGAUGGUUGCACAAGCCGUUGGGCAUCUCAUCCCUCGCACAACGGGAACAAGAUGCAGUGCACGAACAGCUUCAAGCGGAGUUCUGCCGUCGAGCUCAGGCUUUGACCCGGAUCAACGUGCAGAGGAUGGCCAAGGAUCGCAAGGAGGCCAAUGUGCUUCCACUGGAGCUGGCGGAGGCGGCUGCUGAGGCGAUCGCUUGGCGAUCCGUGCUGGUGGCGUCGCUGCCUUUGUUCGAGGUCUUGACGAUCGGCGCCUGGAGCGCGGCGAAGCACUGCGACCGACUGACCCGGCUCUGCAACUUCUUGAAGGUGAUUUGGCCUCGGCCGGAAGGACAGGAGGCAAAGCAGGAGAGGGAACUGAGCAAGUACAUCUCCAACUUGCAGGAGACGUUGCACUUGCUGCCCAUCUCCCAGCUUCAGAAGCUUCUGACGGAAGCGGCCACUGUCGCUCCUCGCUGUGUCUCCGUGGCUUUGGAGCAAGAGCUACAGGAGCUGCAGCGGCAGGCGGCUCAGUGUGACGACAGCGCUCGGUCCAAGAAAGGCUUGGACCGUCUCCGCGACGCUUUCCGAAACUGGGUCGGCCAGGUGAUGGCACAGUACUGGCGGGUUCUGGGAAGCCCGGCGACGCGGGAGAUGUUCCUGAGCCUCUGCUGCAGCAAGGAGUCCUUGGCUGCGGCCGAGAAGCAUCUGGCCAGCGACUUCGAGGGGAAGCUCCAACACCUGGGUUUUCUCUCGGGCCCUGCCGAGCCGCUGGCGGAUGCCGCGCGACUCUUCCAGUUCUUGGAGUGCUGCUCCGGCAGGCAGACAAAGGUUUCGGAGCUCUGGCUGACCUUCGGGCAGAUGGGCAGCUCCUUCACCCCAGAAGAGCUGACGCAGGCGUCGAAGUCCCGGGGACGUCCAUCUGAGAAGGAGAAAGGCCUGCAGGCUUUGAAGCUUCGGUUCCAGAAGGCGCUGCUCAGCCUGCACCACCUGGGGCCCACCCGUGCCCGGUUCUUUCAGAAAAAAUGGAGGAGGCUCUUCGCGCCCGCGCCCGGCGGCAGCCAGAAGGGCCUCUCUGGCUGGCGUUUGCGGAAGCGCGCCUUUGGCCGGGCCUGGCUUCGAGAUCCGCCCACAGAGGAGAGGCAGUUUCCCGCGCCGCGGACACCGCCGCACGUGGAGAAGGACCCGCCGCCCACGCCUCCCCCGAGGGACAGGGAGGUCGAGGGCCCGGUGGAGCCGCUGGAGCCUGGGAACCGAUUCCUCAAGAGGCUGCCGUUCCCUCGUCGUGUGGAGUCUCCCUACCGAGAAGAUGAGUACCGGGUGGAGAAGAAGCGGAAGAGUGAGCGCAUCUUUUUCGGGUGAAUUCGCGGGGAAUUCUGGGGAUUGCUAAGUUACAGCUUGGGGGAUAUCACCAGGGCUCCCGAUAUUGCCCUGAAAAAAGGGUGGC